AUGAAAGAGGAGAAAUACUUGCCUGAGCUGAUGGCAGAAAAAGAUAGCCUGGAUCCAUCUUUUGUGCACGCCUCGCGCCUGCUAGCCGAAGAAAUUGAAAAAUUUCAAGGUUCUGAUGGAAAAAAGGAAGAUGAAGAAAAGAAAUAUCUUGAUGUCAUCAGCAACAAAAACAUAAAGCUCUCAGAAAGGGUAUUGAUUCCUGUCAAACAGUAUCCAAAGUUCAAUUUUGUGGGGAAAUUGCUUGGACCAAGAGGAAACUCCUUGAAGAGGCUACAGGAAGAAACAGGUGCUAAAAUGUCUAUCCUGGGCAAAGGAUCAAUGAGAGAUAAAGCAAAGGAAGAAGAACUAAGGAAGAGUGGGGAAGCCAAAUAUGCACACUUGAGUGAUGAACUUCAUGUAUUAAUUGAAGUGUUUGCUCCACCUGGGGAAGCUUAUUCACGUAUGAGUCAUGCAUUGGAAGAGAUUAAAAAAUUUCUGGUUCCCGACUACAAUGAUGAAAUUCGUCAGGAACAACUACGUGAAUUAUCUUACUUAAAUGGCUCAGAGGACUCUGGUCGUGGCAGAGGUAUUAAAGGCAGAGGGAUCAGAAUAACUCCCACAACUCCUUCAAGGGGCCGUGGGGGUGCCAUUCCUCCUCCCCCACCACCUGGACGAGGCGUUCUCACCUCUAGAGGGACCACUGUGACCCGUGGUGCUCUUCCAGUGCCCCCUGUAGCAAGAGGCGUCCCUGCCCCGCGAGCACGGGCAUCACCCACUGUGCCAGGAUACAGGGCACCCCCUCCUCCAGCCCAUGAGGGGUAUGAAGAGUAUGGUUAUGAUGAUGGCUAUGGGGGUGAAUACGAUGACCAGACAUAUGAGACUUAUGACAAUAGCUAUGCCACCCAAGCACAAAGUGUGCCUGAGUACUAUGACUAUGGUCAUGGAGUAAGUGAGGAUGCCUAUGACAGCUACGCACCAGAAGAAUGGGCCAUGACCCGCUCCAGCCUGAAGGCACCACCACCAAGGUCAGCCCGAGGGGGAUACAGGGAGCACCCCUAUAGUAGAUACUGAGGGUUCUCCUCGCCUGUGACCUCACCUCAAAGACAAUUCAUAGCCUGUGGUCUCCACAUAAACAGC